GGUACAGGCAGUGGGAGGUCUGCCUAUCUGAUGGGUCCUUCGGACUAGGGCUUGUUUAAAAGGAGCGUGAACAGCAGCAUGUGAGCAGAGCAGCGGGGAGCUGUCAGUGUCAGGGGGCUCCUAGUGCAGCAGCAACGGUGGCACGGCUCUUAGUGCGCUCCCAGCCGGCUUUCUGUCUGCAUGCAUAUGUAUUGGUACUUGGGAAUUCUUUGCGUUUCCCACUUUUUAACCAGGUUUUUUUUCCAGUAAAUUGAUCGCACUGUAGUUGAAUUGUAGUUUUGCUAGGUAUCCGAGUAUAGGUUUUGGUACUUUUUACCUGUUGAAUAUUUCCAAAGGGGAGCGGCUGACUUGGCAGACUGCAGCUGAUUUAUUUAUUUUUGUGCAAACACUAGUUGCAGGUGUACUCCCGUUUAAAUCUCUGUUACUGUGUCUAUUUUUACAGACUUAGAGUGUCAGUAGUUGCAAGAGCCGGCGAGUGUAUUUCUACUAUAUUUCUCAAGGCUGAUCAGCGCACCUUUAGGGACCUGUAACUUAUUUAAGUAAAAUACAGAGAGGCAGGUUGCUCGUCCGUGCACCGAGUAACUUAUUUAGGUAACGUUACGUAAAGGACAGGCAGCUUGCUUGUUAUUGCACCAAGUCCCUCCUUUUUGGACACUUUGCUCCGUGCUCCUGCUCCGGACCUGCUGUCCCUCCCCCUCGCCACAACCGUCACCAUGAUCCACAUCCUCGGGGAGUUUUUCGUGGUCAUCCUGAAGGUGCUCUGGGCUUUCGUGAUGGCCGGGCUGCGCUGGCUCAUCCGGCCGAAGGAGAAGAGCGUGGCCGGCCAGGUGUGCGUGAUCACGGGCGCCGGCGGUGGCCUCGGUCGCCUGUUCGCCCGGGAGUUUGCCCGGCGCCGGGCGGUGCUGGUGCUCUGGGACAUCAACAGCCAGAGCAACGAAGAGACUGCCGAGAUGGUGCGGCAAAUCUACCGUGAGCUGGACAGCCCCCGACCCAAAGACGGAGCAGUGGGAGGCAUCGAGGAGGUGCCCGCGUUCCAGCCCCAGGUGUACACCUACGUGUGCGACGUGGGCAAGCGCGAGAGUGUCUACUCCACGGCAGAGCGGGUGCGGCGGGAGGUGGGCGACAUCGACCUGCUGAUCAAUAAUGCCGGCGUGGUGUCUGGCCACCACCUUCUGGAAUGCCCCGACGAGCUCAUCGAGAGAACCAUGAUGGUCAACUGCCACGCCCACUUCUGGACCACCAAGGCGUUCCUGCCCAAGAUGCUGGAGAUGAACCACGGCCACAUCGUCACAGUCGCCAGCUCCCUCGGCUUGUUCAGCACAGCUGGCGUGGAGGAUUACUGCGCCAGUAAGUUCGGCGCGAUUGGAUUUCACGAGUCCCUCAGCCACGAGCUGAAGGCUGCAGAGAAGGACGGGAUCAAGAUGACGCUGGUCUGUCCCUACCUGGUCGACACCGGAAUGUUCCGAGGCUGUAGGAUCAGGAAGGAGAUCGAGCCGUUCCUGCCCCCACUGAAGCCAGAGUACUGCGUGAAGCAGGCCAUGCGGGCCAUCCUGACAGACCAGCCCAUGAUCUGCACGCCUCGCAUCGUCUACAUGGUCAACUUCAUGAAGAGCAUCCUCCCCUUCGAAGCCAUCGUCUGCAUGUACCGGUUUCUCGGAGCAGACAAGUGCAUGUAUCCCUUCCUGGCUCAGCGGAAGGAGGCCAUGAACAACAACGAGGCGAAGAACGGCAUCUAGGGGGCGCUGUUCCUAAGGGUGUCCAUUUCCUGUAAUAAAGAGGAUAAGACCACUGAAGGGCCCUGGGAGAGAGACUGCUGCCCACCUGCUGCACUUGCAUUGUGCAAAUGCAAAGGUUCAACAUAUUGUUCCUCUGGAACAACGAAAGCUGUGUGCUACACUAAGGAUUUAUUUGUUCUCUUUAAGGUUUGUUUAAAGAAACCAACUGUCUAUAUACUGUCAAUAGUUUUGAAAUCAUACAAGGUAUUCAGUAAUUAACUACUUCCGUAACGUAGUCUCCGGUAUCACUUAGCAUUUGGGGAUAUACAGUAUGUUACUGUGUGAAGAGCGAGUCUCGUCACUUUGAUGUAGAAAUGCACUGUAACUGCACCUCCCACACUGCCGGCCGCCUCCGUAGAGCAGGACUGCAUCAGCCUUCCACUGCACUGCUUCCGUGCCGCGGCGACGGAGCCCAUGUCAGACUCCACAAGGGGGUGGGGGUGUCCGUGUCAAAUACAGUGUCUUGGAUCCCAGUCCUGAAAUACGACAUCAAACUGAUUCGACCGCUAACUGCUGUCAGAUCAAGUCGCCAUACUUUCUCCUCCCGGAGAGGUCAAAGGUCAAUGCUCUGCGGCUGUACAGCUGAAAUUUAAACAGUCGCUAUGUGAAUAAUAGCAGCUGUGAUAUUUACCUCUCGCCUGCCUCAUCUCUUCCCAUUUUUUUUUUUUAUUUUUUACACACAAGUAAACUGGUUAGAAAGUUUACCUGAAUGGUUGGGCUCAGCAGUGGGCAUUAACUGGUUAACAGAAUUUCUGAUACACCCUAACGUGGUGUACAUCCACGCAUUGGUAUGUCCGGCCCGAGUCAUGGAGUCAUGGAGAAGCAUUUCAUCGAUGCAUUAAGUUGUCAGGCCAGGAGGGAGGUUAAUACUUCACUAUGGUGAUUAAUGACUGCCCAAAAGGGGGGAAGGGGGUGCGGGUAAACAUUUUGGUUCUCUUAAAACGUCAUCUUCAGAGGCACAGAUCUGAAUUAACUACAUUCCAAUAGGGUUUUUUAAUUGACUGUUAUCAGCCUAAAACUUCUACCUCUAAUUGUAUGCCAUUUGUUGACAAUUAUGACAAACCUCCUUUUGUAAUUUUCUUUAAAGACUGCUCAUUAGAGGAGCAAUUUUUAUGUGGUUAUGAUGUUUAGUGUCUGUACCUAACUUAAAUUAAUAAAAUGAUUUUAGAUUAUUA